GAGUAGCAGAACGUGUCUGUAUUAGCGACCGUGAUGUGCUACAACCUGGCAUAGGCAGCGCUAAAGUACGUGUUGGAGACGUUCGCACUUGAGCGAGGGCAGUGUCCUUGAUACCGCGCCCAAGUUACAUGCCCAUGAAGCGGAUGCACUCCUGUAGUCAAGCGAGCAGGGCACUGUCUACAGUGUCAUUGGGAGUGGACUGUUCGUGCAGUCCGUCGUCCCAGGCCGAUACGCAGGGAAGCGGGCUUACGGAACCACAAGUCUCUAGUAAUCGCUCUGUUUCCCCUGGAAGUAUGACAGAAUCUAGAGUCAGGCCAACCAUCCGAGAAGAACAGGACCUUCCAAGCCCGCCAAGACUGUUGUCGAGUGUUCACUCUUUCCGAACGCCGACGUCGAACCGAGUGCCACUUUCACAAUACUGUGUCACGUAUUUUGUUUCACUCCCAGUCCACUACAUAGUCAACUGUCAAUUUCACGAUGUGUACGCAGGAAGAACCUUCACGCAUGGGCAUGCCACAUCCUGAUCUGCUAGCAGCGACCAAAGAAGUACCAUUCCCAGACCUGACUCGAGGCAAAGCAGAUGCCACAACCAUUGACGUUCGAAGAAAUCGAGCUGCUCAUCUUGCCACCGUACGACAUCUGUAUCCGAUACCUGGUCCGAUCCCAGAUACGGUCAAGGAGACCGAGCACCACGUCGAGGCUCGCGAUGGCUACAUUAUACGAAUUAAGAUUUAUGUACCCACGACGAAGCCCGCCAAUGGUAGCCCACUGAUUGUAAUGAUGCAUGAAGGCGGCUGGAGUAUGGGCGACCUCACAGACGAAGACCUGAACUGCCGGAUGUUCGCAAGAGAUAUUGGAGCAGUUUGUGUAAACGUUGACUACCGGCUAGCGCCGGAGUAUGCCUUUCCGACCGGCGUCUAUGACUGUCAGGACGUGGUCCGAUGGUGUGCUAAGACCGCAUCUCCAUCGUCAAGCGUUAUUCCGGCGGACCCAUCACGUGGCUUCAUUGUGGGCGGGGCUUCAGCAGGCGGGAAUCUAGCGGCAGUCAUGUGCCAGCUUAGCCGAGAUGAGGGCCUCGCACCACCGCUAACUGGCCAGUACCUAUGCGUCCCAGCAUUGCUCUGGACAGGAGAUGUGCCAGACAAGUGGAAAACUGAGUACCGGAGUCGCUAUGACUCAGCAUCUGACCCCGUGCUAAGACUGCGAUCCGAUGGUGCCAGCCAACUGAUGCAAGAUCUCAAGCCAGAAACAAGCAGUCCGCUGUUUUCUCCGUUGUUGCAUCCUGACCUCAAAAGCUUGCCACCGGCCUAUUUCCAGCUGGCUGGCUUGGAUCCGUUGAGAGAUGAAGGGCUGCUAUAUGAGAGGGUGUUGAGAGAAGAGAACAAUGUACCGACCAAGCUGGACGUAUACGAUGGUUUUGGUCAUAUGUUCUGGACCAAUUGGCCAAAAAUGCAGAGAAGUAUCGAUUUCGUGAACGACACGCUGGAAGGCUUCAGGUGGCUGUUGCACGCUGGAGCUGCACCUGUUGGCACUUAGAGCGCAGUUGAAGAGAGCUCCAGACUCAUUAGCAUGAUGCUGCUCCAAUAGAUCGAGUGGUAAUUGCUCACUUGUCAUCCUUGCCGAGUACUCGUACCGGCUCCGCCGUCGUAUUAGGUGGUACUGGCCAUGAUGUGCGGCUGCUGCAUUUCCAUUUCAUGACGCAGACAGCGCGUGGACACCUAAAGCGUAUUCAAGGUUCCCGGCAGUGUAACGCCUCGGCGCGUACGGAUCGUAAAGCG